AUGCUGCUCCCGCUCGCCGCGCUGCUGGCCGCCGCCUGCCCGCUGCCGCCGGGCCUCGGCGGGGCGCCCCCCAACGCCUCGGUGAACGCGUCGUCCCCGCGCCUGCUGGCCUCGGCGGCCCCCGCGCCCCCCGCGCCCCCCGAGCGCCCGGGCCCGGAGGAGGCGGCGGCGGCGGCGGCGGCGGCGCCGUGCAACAUCAGCGUGCAGCGGCAGAUGCUGAGCUCGCUGCUCGUGCGCUGGGGCCGCCCGCGGGGCUUCCAGUGCGACCUGCUGCUCUUCUCCACCAACGCGCACGGCCGCGCCUUCUUCGCCGCCGCCUUCCACCGCGUCGGGCCGCCGCUGCUCAUCGAGCACCUGGGGCUGGCGGCGGGCGGCGCGCAGCAGGACCUGCGCCUGUGCGUGGGCUGCGGCUGGGUGCGCGGCCGCCGCCCGGGCCGCCUCCGGCCCGCCGCCGCCGCCGCCGCCGCCGCCGCCGCCGGGGCGCCCACCGCGCUGCCCGCCUACCCCGCCGCCGAGCCGCCCGGGCCGCUGUGGCUGCAGGGCGAGCCGCUGCACUUCUGCUGCCUGGACUUCAGCCUGGAGGAGCUGCAGGGCGAGCCGGGCUGGCGGCUGAACCGCAAGCCCAUCGAGUCCACGCUGGUCGCCUGCUUCAUGACCCUGGUCAUCGUGGUGUGGAGCGUGGCCGCCCUCAUCUGGCCGGUGCCCAUCAUCGCCGGCUUCCUGCCCAACGGCAUGGAGCAGCGCCGGACCGCCGCCGCCCCGGCCGCCGCCGCCCCCGCCGCCGUGCCCGCGGGGACCACCGCCGCCGCCGCCGCCGCGGCCGCCGCCGCCGUCACCGUCACCUCGGGGGCGGCGGCCAAGUGA